AACAGUGGAUGCGGAUGGCACCAGGGCAAAGAUUAAUCAGCUGCACAUUAUUUAAAGGCCAUCAUAAGACAAAGUCCCAGAGUUGACUCUGUUUCAACCACAGGAUGAGGCAGCUUAGAUGUUCUUGGAGCUCCUUGAAACCCCUAAUCAUCAUCAUCACACCACUGGCUUUGCUACCACUACCACUGCUCAUCAGAAAAAAGGAAGCAGAAUGUGCAUAUAUCCUAAUAUUAAUGGCUGUCUACUGGAUGACAGAGGUCUUGCCUCUAUCUGUGACAGCACUUCUCCCCGCGCUGCUUUUCCCUCUUUUUGGGAUCAUGAAGUCCUCACAGGUUGCAUCUGUAUAUUUCAAAGACUUCCACUUGUUGCUUCUUGGUGUCAUCUGUUUAGCAACAUCCAUUGAGAAAUGGGGUCUUCAUCGGAGAAUUGCCCUCAGAUUGGUGACUGGACUUGGAGUCAAUCCUGGCAUGUUGAUGCUCGGGUUCAUGGUUGGCUGUGCUUUCCUCUCGAUGUGGCUGAGCAACACCUCAACUGUGGCGAUGGUAAUGCCAAUCGUGGAGGCAGUGAUCCAGCAGGUUUUGAAUGCAAGUGAAGAGGCCAGCAAAGACCACAAGGGGGCGUUAAAUGGCAUCUCCAACCCUGCUCUUCAGCUUGAAGAUAUUGAGGCCCAGCAUGACCAGUCUGAGAAGAUAAAAAGCAUCGAAGCAGGGAUUACAGAGCCAGAUCAGACAGCUCCGGAAGAACCAGAAACUGUUAAGGCGCCUCCACCAUAUAAUGGAAAGUACAGGACCCGUGAAGAUCACAUGAUGUGCAAAGGCUUGUGUCUUUGCAUUGCUUACUCCUCCUCCAUUGGGGGGCUGACCACAUUAUCAGGAACAUCCACAAACCUAAUUUUUGCUGAAUACAUCUAUCAGUACUACCCAGAUUGCACCGUCAUUAAUUUUGGGAACUGGUUCGUGCUUUGUCUUCCCAUCUGCAUAAUUAUGCUGAUUUUGUCAUGGAUAUUCCUGCACUGGAUGUACCUCGGAUCCAACUUUCGUGCCAGUCUGUGCUCCAGACAGCGAUCCGAAAAGGAAAAACACACUGCCAGAGUGCUCCAGGAUCAGUACAACUCACUAGGGCCCAUAAGCUGGCAGGAGAUUAUCACCACGAUCAUCUUCAUUCUGAUGACAAUUUUGUGGUUUACAAGAAACCCAGGUUUCAUGCCUGGCUGGUCAUCAUUGUUUCCUGAUUACCCAGGAUAUGCUACGGAUGCCACUGUAGCGCUGUUGCUGGGUUUCAUAUUCUUCAUCAUCCCCGCACACAAACCAAAUGCAGAGCGCUAUGAGGCCUUGAUAACGUGGAAGGACUUCCAGGCCUGUAUGCCAUGGGAGAUCAGUCUGCUUGUGGGUGGUGGUUUCGCUUUGGCUGAAGGCACAAAGAUUUCUGGUUUAUCGACUUGGGUUGCUGAAUUGCUGACACCCUUGGGAAGUCUUCCUCCUUUAGCCACUGUCACCAUCACCUGCCUUAUUGUCACCUCUAUCACAGAGGUGGCCAGCAAUGCUGCCACGACGACAAUCUUUUUGCCCAUACUGGCCACCUUGGCUGAGGCAAUUGGAGUCAACCCUCUGUACAUGCUGAUUCCUACGGCCCUAUGUGUGUCCUUUUCAUUCCUGCUUCCGGUUUCUAAUCCUCCUAAUGCCAUUGUCUUCACAUAUGGUCACCUGACAAGCAUGGACAUGGUAAAGGCGGGUCUGGGCUUAAAUGUUAUAGGUGUUCUUACAGUCCUAUUAGCUCUUACGACAUGGGCAACACCUCUUCUCAACCUGGACACCUACCCAGACUGGGCACCGGUUGUAAAUGGCACGGGAGUAUGACCAUAUCUGUGAAUAUUUUACAAAUGUGGACAUUUAGUUUUCAAUUUACAUGGGACCCCUUGAUGUUGGCUGAAGUGUUGACAGUGCAAAGCCCACAAUCCAAAUAUAUUACUUAUUUGGAUCACUCGGGAAGGAUUGUAUGACCAGCUUUGAUUACGCAAUA